CCUUAAUCCCCAACAACUUAAAUUUUAUUUUAUUUUAUUUUUUUUUUUAAAAAAAAAACAGAGAAAGAUUUUGAUUGUGAUUUUUGGUAGGAGAUUCAUCAGAUCCAUCUCCUCCUCUCUCAACUGCUGAGAAUCAGAUCGUUGUCUCCUCUUCUUCUUCUUCAUCUUUUUCACUGAAACUAUGCUCUCAAUUUCUUCCUUCGAACCCUAAUUUUCUCUCUCCUCCAUUAAUUUGUUCUUCUCUUACGACGAUCCAAAAUGUAUAUGGCUUAUGGAUGGCCGCAUGUAAUGCCAAUUGAAUCAGGAAUUUCCGAUUCUUCUCAACGAAUUAUUUAUCUUAAAGUUAUCAAUCGAUUGUUGCUCGUUGUCGCUCCUUCUCAUCUUGAACUCUGGAGUUCUUCUCAGCAUAAAGUGAGAUUAGGGAAGUAUAAAAGGGAUUCAAGCUCAAUCCAGAGAGAAGGUGAGAAUAUACAGGCUGUGUGGAGUCCAGAUGCAAAAUUGGUUGCUGUUCUUACUUCUUCUUUCUACCUUCACAUAUUUAAGGUGCAAUUUUCUGAUAAAAGAAUACAAUUUGGGGGAAAGCAGCCAUCAGCACUGUUUCUUGCAAACAUUAAUAUUGUCCUGAAUGAGCAGGUCCCUUUCUCUGUCAAGGAUUUAACAGUGAGCAAUAUCGUAUGUGAUAAUAAGCAUUUGCUGAUUGGACUCUCUAAUGGUUCCUUGUAUACUAUAUCAUGGAAAGGGGAGUUUUGUGGCACUUCUAUUGUUGACUGCCGUAUUGGUGAGAAAAAUGAGAUCAUUAGUGCAUCUAAUUGUUUUGAAAAUGGCUGUGCAACUGGAAGAAGUCCAGAAGUAAAUCAUAUCGACCCAACACUCUGUGGACCUUCUUCUAUUGUGGGGUUGGAGCUUUCGUUGCUAUUGAGGAUGCUAUUUGUUCUUUUCUCUGAUGGGAAGCUUUUACAGUGUUCUGUAAGCAAGAGGGGCCUUAAGCAAGCUGACUCUGUAAAAGCUGAGAAGAUAUUUGGUUCAGGUGAUGCUUUAUGUGCUUCAGUAGCUUCUGAUCAGCAAAUUCUUGCAGUUGGUACUAGAAGAGGGGUUGUUGAGUUAUAUGACCUGGCUGGAUCUGGUUCACUAAUGCGUAGUGUUUCAUUGUAUGAUUGGGGGUAUUCUACUGAGGAUACUGGUCCUGUUAGUUGUAUCGCGUGGACACCUGAUAAUUCUGCCUUUGCGGUUGGAUGGAAGCUUAGAGGGCUUACAGUUUGGUCUGUCUCAGGCUGUCGCUUAAUGUCAACUAUCCGUCAAGUUGGCUUGAGCUCUAUCUCUUCCCCAGUACCUAAGACAAACCCAGAUCGGAAAUCUGAGCCCUUAAUGGCUGGUGCAGCAACAAUUCACUGGGAUGAACAUGGAUACAGGUUGUAUGCGGUGGAGGAAAAGUCUUCAGAGAGAAUUCUUGCAUUCUCCUUUGGUAAAUGUUGUCUUAACAGAGGAGUUUCAGGCUCAACCUCUGUUCGUCAAGUGAUCUAUGGUGAAGAUCGUGUUCUUCUUGUUCAGUCUGAGGAGACAGAUGAUCUUAAAAUGUUGCACCUUAACCUUCCAGUUAUGUGCUUUACUUGUCUUCUUUCUUGCCACUCAUAUUUUGUCUAUGAUGUGGCCCUUUCUGACAUCGUGUUUGUCCAGGUCUCGUACAUCUCUCAGAAUUGGCCAGUUUUACAUGUGGCAGCUAGCUUUGAUGGAACAUUCUUGGCAGUUGCUGGUCUUCAUGGAUUGAUAUUGUAUGACGUACGUCUGAAAAAAUGGCGAUUCUUUGGAGAUGUUACACAAGAACAGAAAAUCGAAUGCAAGGGUUUGUUGUGGCUGGGGAAAAUUGUUGUUGUUUGCAAUUAUGUCAGCUCAUCUAACACGUAUGAGCUGCUAUUUUAUCCUAGAUAUCAUCUUGAUCAAAGUUCACUAUUGUGUAAAAAAACGUUGCUGACAAAGCCGAUAGUCAUGGAUGUUUAUCAAGAUUAUAUACUGGUUGCCUAUCGCCCUUUUGAUGUCCACAUAUACCAUGUGAAAUUAUCUGGUGAAUUGACCCCUAUAAGUAAUCCAAAUUUACAGCUUUCUACAGUACGUGAGCUCUCUAUCAUGACCGCAAAGAGCCCUCCGGCAUCUAUGCGCUUCAUACCAGAUCAAUUUUAUAAGGAUUAUAGUUCAGUAAAACACAAGUCAUCGCAAGAGCCUGUGAGAUGUUUGAUAUUGCGUGCAAAUGGGGAGAUGUCCCUUCUAGAUAUGGAUGAUGGGCAUGAAUUGGAGUUAACAGAUUCUGUUGAACUGUUUUGGGUUACAUGUGGCCUAUCAGAUGACAAAGAAAAUCUCAUUGAAGAGAUUACUUGGUUGGAUUAUGGUCAUCGAGGAAUGCAGGUCUGGUAUCCAUCUCCAGGUGUUGACCCUUUCAAACAGGAGGACUUCUUGCAGCUGGAUCCUGAUCUUGAGUUUGAUCGUGAAAUUUAUCCUCUGGGACUUCUUCCAAAUGCUGGAGUAGUGGUUGGUGUUUGCCAGAGAUUGUCAUUUUCUACGUGUACGGAGUUUCCAUGUUUUGAGCCGUCUCCCCAGGCACAAACUAUAUUACAUUGUUUGUUGCGUCACCUCCUUCAGAGGGAUAAGAUCGAGGAAGCUUUAAAGCUGGCUCAAUUAUCGGCAGAAAAGCCCCAUUUCUCCCAUUGUCUUGAGUGGCUACUUUUUACAGUAUUUGAAGCUGAGAUUUCAAGGCAAAACGUGAUUAAAAACCAGAAGGCAGUCUCCAUUCAAAAGCCUGAAUCUCUUUUGGAGAAGACAUGUGACUUGAUCAGAAAUUUUCCUGAAUAUCACAAUGUUGUAGUGAGUGUUGCUAGGAAAACAGAUGGUCGACACUGGGCGGAUUUAUUUUCUGCAGCUGGUAGAUCAACAGAGUUGUUCGAGGAGUGCUUCCAGAGAAGAUGGUACCAAACUGCAGCUUGCUAUGUUCUUGUCAUUGCCAAACUUGAAGGUCCUGCUGUCAGCCAGUACUGUGCCUUGCGCUUGUUACAGGCAACUCUUGAUGAUUCUUUGUAUGAACUUGCUGGGGAAUUGGUGAGGUUUUUGCUGAGAUCUGGAAGAGAGUAUGAGCAGGCACCGACUGAAGAAGGGGUUUCACCUAGAUUUUUGGGUUUGUUUCUUUUCUCUUCAAAGAAGCAGCCUUUUGAUUCCAAGAGCAGCUCACAUAAAGAACAAAGUGCUCAUGUCACUUCUGUUAGAAAUAUUUUGGAAAGCCAUGCUAGCUAUUUAAUGUCAGGGAAGGAGCUGUCAAAGCUUGUUGCAUUUGUGAAGGGCACUCAGUUUGAUGUGGUGGACUUCCUCCAACGAGAAAGAUACGGAUGUGCUCAUUUAGAAAAUUUUGCUUCUGGUCUUGAACUCAUUGGGCAAAAGCUUCAUAUGGGUACACUCCAGAGUCGGUUGGAUGCUGAAUUCCUCUUGGCUCACAUGUGCUCUGUCAAAUUUAAAGAAUGGAUUGUUGUCCUUGCAACUCUGUUGAGAAGAUCUGAGGUACUCUUUGAUUUAUUUCGGCAUGAUGCGCGUCUUUGGAAAGCAUAUUGCAUCACUCUUCAGUCGCAACCAACAUUUGCCGAGUACCAUGAUUUGGUUGAAGAACUGGAGGAACGGCUCUCAUCUGUUCCAAAAUUUCAGGAGAUAUGACGCCAAACUUGUAAAGUCGUAAGCUUUCAUCCCAACAUAGUUCACAGGCUUUUGAGGGUGUUAUUAAUGUUUAUUGGUGCAGUACCUAGGCAAAGAGCCCUACUACCUUAAAUGACAAUUUCCACUUUAUAGGGUUCACAUCUCUGUAUUAUGUGUAGGAGCAGCAAUAGUGUAUCAUUCAUUCUUUGGUUUUUCCCUGUAGCAUUUUUGGUCGUUGCAGUUAUAUUAGAAUUAUAGCAUCCUCCGCGGUUGUACAUAGAAGCUAGAAGCUAGGAUGCAGCCAUGAGGACUGUGAUUGCUCCCGGCAGUUGACAAGCCUGGAUCAAUAUAUAUCGUCUGUAUACCUCUGUUUUUGUAUUGAUUGAUAAGAGUACGGAUGUCCCUAAUAAAAGUUUUAGGCUCCAUAUUCUAUUACUUUUGCCAUGUAUCAUAUAACUUUCAGUUAAAUCUCACCUUAUUUUAGAGGUCAGAUGCUUAAAAAUUUCA